UCCAUGCUCGUAAGAAGCCAAUGGCUGAAGAUUUGGACUAUAUGGCAGUUGCUAGCAUGACAGAUGGCAUGGUUGGAGCAGAGCUUGCCAAUAUCGUUGAGAUAGCAGCAAUUAAUAUGAUGCGUGAUGGAAGAACAGAGUUAACAACAGAUGAUUUGCUUCAAGCUGCACAAAUAGAAGAAAGAGGAAUGUUAGAUAGAAAAGACAGAAGCUCCGAGACAUGGCGACAAGUAGCUAUAAAUGAAGCUGCUAUGGCUGUUGUAGCUGUGAACUUUCCUGAUAUGAAGAAUAUAGAAUUUCUUACAAUCAACCCUAGAGCUGGUAGAGAAUUGGGUUAUGUCCGCGUGAAGAUGGAUCAUAUCAAAUUUAAGGAAGGGAUGCUUAGCCGACAAUCCAUCUUGGAUCAUAUCACUGUUCAGUUAGCACCUCGAGCUGCAGAUGAACUAUGGUAUGGUGAGGAUCAGUUAAGCACGAUAUGGGCUGAAACAUCAGAUAACGCAAGGUCAGCUGCUCGAUCAUUGGUUCUCGGUGGUCUCUCUGAUAAGCAUCAUGGCUUGAAUAACUUCUGGGUAGCUGAUCGCAUUAACGAUAUUGAUACGGAGGCAUUGCGGAUAUUGAACAUGUGUUACGAGCGUGCUAAAGAGAUUCUUGGAAGGAACCGGACGCUCAUGGACGAGGUGGUAGGGAAACUGGUUCAAAAGAAAAGUCUUACGAAACAAGAAUUCUUCACUCUUGUUGAGCUCUAUGGCUCCAUCAAACCAAUGCCACCAAGCAUUCUUGAACUCAGGAAAAUCAAACGGCUUGAGCUUGAAGAAACAGUGAUGAAACUAGACAUGACUACCGCGAGAAACAGUUCAUAAGAUGAAAGAGAGAGACACAGUUUGUGUCAAACAACAAACAUCAUUAUCAAAACCAAUUAAAGAGGCAAUGAGCUUUGAUCUUUUAUUUUACAUUUCCUCUGUAAUCUUAGUGUAUGGUUAGAUAAUUCUUUGAGCUUCAAUAAAUAAUUCCCAUUCCCCCCA